AUGGAGAACAAUAUGGGUCGGGAUGAAGACACUGAGCUUGUGGGGAUGGGACGUCGUGUCUCUGUAUCUCCUGUAUAAACUGCUUUUUACAUUAUCCUGGUCAUGCUGGGCAUUCUUGGUAACGCCACCGUGGUUGGGGUUAUUGGUAGGACUGUAUUCACGGACCGUGGAGGUGGACGUAACUCGGACAUCAUCAUUAUUAACAUGGCCCUGUUGAACCUGCUGGUGUCUGUGCUGAGGAACACACUGCUCAUUAUUUCAGACAUGGGACUUGAGCUCUACUCCUCCAAAGAGUGGUGUCAGUUCCUCAUGGGGAUCUGGGUGUGGCUGCGGUCGGUCAAUGUGUGGUCAACACUCUUCCUCAGUGCGUUUCACCUCCAGACGUUGAGACGUGUGACUCCUGCUGUUGUGAACAUUCAUGGAUCCCGAGGCACUCCCAAGACUGUACUGCUGGGUCUGAGCCUUAUCUGGCUUCUCAACCUUAUUUACUCCAUCCCUGCUCAUAUUUUUUCCACUAAUGGGGACGUGAACAGUACAGAGACCCUGAUGCUGGUGAGCAGCACAACACGCCCCCUGCUGGGUUGCAUCUGGAACUUUCCCACCAGCUACAGUGGCCUGGCCUAUGCCACCACAUCCAUGGUGAUACAUGAAACAAUUCCCAUCAUCCUGAUGGCACUCACCAACCUGAGCUCCCUGUACACGCUUUACACUCACAGUAGGGUGCGGAACUCAGUGCAAGAUGCACCUGUUAUAAAGCGGGUGCCAGCAGAGAGACGAGCAGCAAAGGUGAUUCUCGGUCUCAUAAUGCUCUUCAUUGCAUCUUGGGGAACUAGCAUUAUCUCUGUCAACUAUUUCAACUACAACCCUGGCUCCUCGGCUGAGUUUCUUCUGGUCAUUGCUCGUUUUGCCAACAUUAUCUUCAUUGCCAUGUCACCUGCUGUUUUAGCAGUCGGCCACCGGCGACUGCGUUCUUAUAUCAAGGCUACGCUCAUUCAAUGAAAGAGCUGACAGUAAACUCUACUGCAGCACUGGAGGUGCAGCCAACACAAUACUUCUAAUCAUAAACCUUUAUUAGUAUCAUCUUCCUUUAGAUUUCAAAAAUUUCAAAUUCAUCAAUUUCAAAAGUUCAUGGUCAUAAAUGUUCUUGUUCUGUAAACCUCUGUAUGUGCUUGAGUGACUGGAGAUGGAGUCAAUGGAAAUGCAAAGAAUGAAAAAUUCAAAAGGA